AUGGAGUCGAAUGUGACCGAAACCAUUGGGGAGUCACUGCAGCAACAGUUUGACCAUUGGUACACCUUUCUGGUGGAGGAUCUGAGCGACAAGCGUACGGCUCAUCUACCGUUCCUGCACAGUCCGCUAUGGCCCGUGUCGGUGCUCUCCCUCUACUUCCUGCUCGUGUUCUACUGGAUACCGCACUACAUGCGCGAUCGCAAACCGUACGAUCUGCGCAAACUAAUGCUGGCGUACAACGUGUUCCAGGUGGUGGUGUGCUACUGUCUGAUACGGCAGCUCGUACGGCACGGCUGGACCUUCCGCUAUCUGUACACGUGCGAGCUGGCCGACUACUCGAGCAGCAAGGACGCGAUCGGGUUCCUGCACGCCGCCUACCUCAACUACUGCGUCAAAACGGCGGAGCUGGUUGAGACUGUUCUGUUUGCGCUGCGCAAGAAGCGCAGCCAGAUUUCCUUCCUGCACGUCUACCACCAUGUGUUCACCUAUAUGUUGGCCUGGAUCUUCGCCAAAUACGUUGGAGGAAGCAUGCUCACGUACACCAUCAUCGUCAAUUCGCUGGUCCACAUGUGCAUGUACUCGUACUAUCUGCUCGCGGUCAUACCGGACUAUGUGCCCUUUUCCCUGAGCAAGCUGAAACGAUACAUCACCGCACUGCAGAUUCUACAGCUUGGCAGCAUCCUGGUGAAUAUCAUGUUCGCGAUGCGUAGUAGUUGCGCCAUUCCGCGUACCCACAUCCUGCUGUACGCACCGUACAUGGUGGUGCUCAUAUCGAUGUUCAUCAACUUCUACAUGAAGACGUACAGUGGCAUUACCAGGGCACUCAACGUUUGCUAUACCGACGGCGGUGUCCGCAAGAAGGUUAAAUAGUGCAACGAGGCGAAAGCAAGCACCCGUGUCACAGUUAGUGCAACAAGUGAGCAAUUUCAAGUGAGCACUCCUAUAUGAAGCAACGACGGACCUCGAUGAAAGUGUGGGAAUUGUGUGUUCGAAUUUCCAUGUUUCGUGGAGUUCGAAUUUUCCAGUGAUUGAAGAAACAACAUGACGAAGUGAUUCUGCUGCCAUGCCGGAUUAUGUGGGGAAGGGAAGCGACAAAUGGAUUAAGGGGGCGAGCAGGGUAAGAGGAGGGAUGAUGGGAGAGGAGAGGGAGGGGAGAAGUUGUAAAGGUGAGCGGCGAGUGCCAAUAUUCUAGAUUGGCAUUUGCAUCGAAGAAGAAAAAAAACUGAUGGAAAAUUAAAUGCACAUCAAAUUUCUGGUUCAACUUUGCACCGUAGGCGCACCAACCAAACACGACACACGGUUGUAGAUACAUUUGAUUUUGCUGUGUUUUAAGUCAACAACAGCGCUUAUCUGUCGGCAACAUAGAUUAUGCGCGGCUGCAUAAUAAUUAAGCUUUCCGCUUCCAUUCGGUGCGAACCGCGAAUCGCGAUGAGACCAGUGAUGAUGAUUUCACAAAUUUAGCAAAACAACAACAAAACAAAAAAAAACAGCUCAACUAUUAUGCAUUCAAUGUAUACGCGUUACAUUUCAAAUGUGGCUGCGAGGAUUGGCGUUUAAUGCUAUUAAAUUAAAAACCUGCUUAGCUUGUAAGUUGUAAGACUCUCGUGUAAAGCGGGAUAAGAAAAUGAAAAGCUUUUAAACAAUUUGUGCAACACAAAAUAAAGAGAGAGAGAGAAAGAGCAAUAGCAAUGUAGUAUAACAAAUUUCGCUGCAAUUUAUGUACGAAUA